AUGGUCAAAACCCGCAUUUGUAUGAUAUCAGACACCCAUACCAGCACUCCAAAUCCACCACAUAAAACCGACAAUGCCUACCGAUCUCCACUACCAAAAGCCAACAUCCUUCUACACGCCGGCGACCUAACAAAGGUCGGCUACCGUGUCGAGAAUGAGGCCAUGAUUGAAAUGCUCAAAGAUGCAGACGCAGAGCUCAAGCUCGUCAUCGCCGGCAACCACGACAUAACCCUAGACGAGGAAUACUUCACGUCGUUCGGUUACAACCGACACCUGCAACCAGAGAACCUAGGCGGUGAAUCCAUCUUACUAUAUGACGACCACAUCGAUGAAAACCGUCAACCAUCCAUAGAGCAGCUGCAAUCAUAUGCCCGCUCAAUCAAGGACCUUUGGACGUGUGAAGCUGCCCGGAAGGCCGGAAUCGUGUACCUUGAAGAAGGAGUCCAUUCAUUUACUCUGUCGACGGGUGCGUCGUUCACUGUCUACGCGUCCCCUUUUCAGCCGGAAUUUUGCCGUUGGGCAUUUGGCUACGAGCGGGAUGAAGAUCGCUACAAUCCUGGUCUGGCAGUGAACCCGAUUCCAGAUUUUCCGAACGUUGAUAUCUUAUUGACUCAUGGGCCUCCGCUUGGAAUCCUAGAUCAAGUCCCGCCGGACAUGAAUGUGGGUUGUGAGCAUCUGCUUCGAGCUGCGGGACGGGCGAAACCUCGCAUUCAUCUCUUUGGCCAUAUUCAUGAAGGAUGGGGUGCGCAACGGGGUGUGUGGGGUGGAGAUGGGCUAAAGCUAGAAGAUGUGCCUACUGAUAUUGAGGAUAUGCUGGAGAAUCGGUCAGCAUAUUAUGAUCUGAGUGAAGAGGCGGGCAGGCCGUUGCGGUUUGGAGAUGAGACGUUAUUCGUCAAUGCUAGUAUCAACACGGUGAGGUAUGAGGCGAGGAAUGCGCCUUGGGUUGUUGAUUUGGAACUUCCACUGGCUGGUAAGUAA